CAAAGCGAAGUGAAGUUGACAGAGAUUCAAUGUAAAUUUGUAAACUUCACUUUUUACGCUGGUGGUUGUGUGAGUUAUGGUAUUUCUUCUAAUGGGCAACUAGACCUCUUUUAUUUGCAUUGCUUAUUCUGGUUAACUGAAUGCUGAAAGUGAAUCUGAAAAAUUAGAAACAUGCCAGUCAGUGCAGAUACACGACAGGCUUUAAAGCUGUUGGAACGAAUUCAGUUACAUUUGCAAGAAUCUGAAGCAGCUCAAUUAAAUCCUACCGUGGGAGAUGAUCUUAAUACACUUAUUUCAGUUUUAGAUAGUCCUGUUUUUAAUAGUAUUCUUAACAUUCAAGAUUCUAUUCAUGAAUUAAAAAGGCAGCUACACAAGCAUCCUUCUAUUUUGCCUGUUGAUUUUGAUAUAUCUCCAACUACUGGAGAACUUCUUUUAAAUUUACCUGCUGAACCUAUUCCACUUCAGAAUUCUGAAGAUUUGUAUGAACCCAAUUCUGAUGCAGAACAAAAUUAUGGCUAUGAAAGUCAUUUGGCAAAGUCUAUGGGGACCAUGAAAAUUGAGGAUAUUGAACCUCAUUCCACUGAGAUUUCUUCCAUGAUUACUGCACCCCCUGAAUAUGCAUUAUCAGCUAUUACAACUGAGAGUUAUGCUGAGGAAUUUCAGCGUACCAUCGAUCAGGGUGCACAAGGUCGUGAAAUACAUACAUUGCAGCUUUUUAAACCUGAAGGUAGCAGCUUGGGUUUUAGUGUUGUUGGUUUGCGAAGUGAACAAAAAGGAGAACUGGGAAUUUUUAUUCAAGAGAUUCAACCUAAUGGCAUUGCUGGAAGAGAUGGUCGCCUCCAGGAAGGCGACCAGAUUCUGGCGAUCGACGGUCAGCCUCUGGACAGCAACAUCUCCCACCAGCAGGCCAUCAGCAUCCUACAACAGGCUCGUGGCUUGGUGGAACUGAUCGUGGCACGGGGUGGAAUCGCGACCACAGAGCAGAGCUCCUUGACUGCUGUGUCUCUGGAGCGGUCGCCUUCCGCAGUCAGUGACGCGUCCAAGGGCUCAGAUAUGGUAUUAAACACCGAAUGGGCACAAGUUGAAUCUAUAGACCUUCUAAACGACGGCUCGGGUCUGGGCUUCGGUAUUAUCGGCGGUAGAAGUACUGGUGUUGUGGUAAAAACCAUACUGCCAGGUGGUGUAGCAGACAGAGAUGGCCGAUUGCAGAGCGGGGACCACAUCCUGCAGAUCGGCGAGGUGAACCUGCGCGGCAUGGGCUCAGAGCAGGUGGCCAUGGUCCUCCGUCAGUCGGGUUCCCACGUGCGCCUCAUAGUGGCCAGGCCCGUCGACCCGGCCUCGUGCGCCUCCUUGCGCAGCCACGCGCCUCUCGUGCCCACCCGCAUCCUGGCCGACCCUGAGGAGGUGGAGAAACACCUGGCCAUGUUCAACCUGUCCGAGCCCACCCCCUACAAGGGACCCCCGAGCGGGGACGCCACCUUCGCCUACAGCAGGGAGUUGGAGUAUGCCGAAGCGGCGUUCUCGACGACCGAUGGCCGGGCGGGGGUACGGGAAAAAGACCUAGCAGAAGACCAGCCGGAGAUGGAAACUUUCGAAGUCGAGCUAGUCAAGGACCAACAAGGACUUGGGAUAACUAUCGCUGGAUACGUGUGUGAGAAAGAAGAAAUUUCUGGAAUUUUUGUUAAAAGUAUUGCCAAAGGAAGUGCAGCUGACAUGUGCGGUAAAAUCAGAGUUAACGAUCAAAUAAUUGAGGUGGAUGGUCGCCCUUUACACGGCUAUACUAAUCACGAUGCUGUUGAAGUACUGAGAAGUACUGGAAAAUCGGUUAAGCUACGCCUAGCAAGAUAUCUCAGAGGAGCAAAAUAUCAACAGCUCCAAUUAGCGAUUGCUAGUGGAGAACUGAGUUACCCUUCUUUACCUUCAUCUGUCCAAGCCCAAAUCCAUGAACCAAAAAUAGCACCUGAAUUAUGUACCAAAGAUUUAGAUGUUAAUGAUGUCAGUCUUCUCGUUGAUAAUGAUUUUGAGGGUCCUUUAUCACCCAGAGUAGAGGCAGCUAUUCAAACCAAAUGGAGUAAAGUCAUGGGACCUGAAUUUGAUAUAGUGGUUGCUCAGUUGUCUAAAUUCCGAGAAGGUGGCGGUUUGGGGAUAAGCCUGGAAGGAACUGUUGAUGUUGAGGAUGGAAAAGAAGUGCGACCUCAUCAUUAUAUUCGAUCCAUUUUGCCUGAUGGACCAGUAGGUGUUAAUGGAAAAUUGCAGGGAGGAGAUGAAUUAUUGGAGGUGAAUGGCGAGAAAUUGCUCGGGAUGAAUCACCAUGGUGUAGUUGCUACAUUGAAAGAACUACCUCUCCAUGUGAGGAUGGUAUGCGCACGUCGCAAAGCCGCAGCACGAGAAGUUUUUCCGUCCUUGAACCAGGCCAACUUCUCUAAUCCGUACCACAUGGAAUAUGACUUGUCGACUGUCCCUGAUUUCAUGGGCCGUGGCAUGCUGUCUGGGCCGUUUGGUGGCAGCCUCACUUCUCUCACUCCAACGUCUGAGCGACUAGUCAAAGCAAAAUCUGAUGGCUCCUUGGCGAUUGGCACGGCCGCUUCUUCUCCGCCAAUGGAGGCUGCACUCUCAAAAUUAAAAUCUAGGUCUCUUGAACCUCUGACUGGGCUGGCCAUGUGGAGUAGUGAGCCUCAAAUCAUUGAGCUCAUGAAAGGAGACAGAGGAUUAGGUUUCAGCAUACUCGACUAUCAGGAUCCCAUGAACCCUAAUGAGACUGUGAUAGUUAUCCGAAGUCUGGUACCCGGUGGUGUGGCCCAGCAAGAUGGACGUCUCAUACCUGGAGACCGACUUCUCUUUGUCAAUGACAUUAACCUAGAGAAUGCUAGUCUCGAUGCUGCAGUGCAAGCCCUGAAAGGUGCACCAAAAGGGGUGGUCCGCAUAGGCGUUGCCAAGCCCCUCCCCCUGCCCGAGAGUGGACAGAGCGGACAGAUUUCACUGGAAAAUAGUCCAACUAUCCGAGACAUGAAGUCUUCUUUCGAAUUACCUCUCCCCCCUCGAUUGAGUCUGGACCUUGAGCAGAAUCUUUGCCAAGACUUAUCUGAAACAUCCGUGCUGCCAUCUAUUAAUCAAAAAGAUAACUCAAAUGAUUUCGAAUUAUCUCCAGUCAGAACUAUUAGAAUACAGAAGGGAACAAAUGUUUUCGGUUUAAGCGUGAGUAUCGUGGAAUCCGUCGGUGUGCUGGUGACGUCCGUAACUCCAGGAAGUGCCUGCGAUCGGGAUGGGCGCCUGAAAGGGGGUGAUAUCUUGGUGUCCAUCAACGGUUGUUCUUUGCUGGACGCCGAGCCGCGGAUUGUCGGUGAAAUUCUCAGGAAUGUGGACAAAUCUGCAAUUGAUGUUUUAGUCCAGUACAUACCCGAAGACCCUUCCGAUCCUUCAACAUCUGAAACGUUCACUAGUCUGCGCGGAACCUCUGUAAAAUCCGAUGAAGAAGAAGACGAGUACUACGAUGUAUCCGAAACGGAGCCACCUGCUUUACCCCAAAGCUUUCCGCCCACUCUAGUAUCGAUAACUCCUGGAUCUCCUUUACUGUUUAGUGAAAAAUCGUCACCUGAGCUUGAUAGAUCUCUUCCGGAACCCGAAAAGACAGUUCCAGUCGCAGUGCCUGCCGUAGAAAGCAAGCUGUCUGUUAUCCAACUGCCACCCAAACCAGCCAUAACUGCGCCAAAACCUACGGUUGCUACUGUCUCGGCCUUGUCAGUCAAUCCUGCCGCCGCGAAGUUGUUGGACGUGGGUAGCAUGGUCAGCAAAGUAAAACCAACUGUGCCUUUCAAACCAAUCAGGACAUCGUUGUCGCCAAAAGAUGCCUUUCCUUCAAGAGCCAAAUCAAAACCAACGACAAUCGAAAGCAUGUUGAACGAAACGAAUUCCAGCAGUAUCACUCGACAGUGGGGUCCAGAGCGGACUGUCGAGUUGAACCGGGACCCAGUAAAGGGACUCGGCAUCAGCAUCAUAUCUGGCAAGCUGGACAUCAUGCAAGGAGGGAUUUUUAUAAAGAAUGUUCUGCCCGACAGUCCUGCCGGAUGGAAUGGGACCUUGAAGAGAGGAGACAGAAUCCUUGAGGUCAGUGGUGUGGACAUUCGAAAUGCAGGUCAUGCCAAAGCGGUCGAUGUGAUAAAGAAUGCUCCUAAUCCUGUAAAGUUUAUAAUUCAGAGCUUAGUGCCGCUGCCUAAAAAGCCAGAGAGAGAAGCCCUUCCCGUGGCAAGUCCUCCAUCCAUGCCUCCUCCACUAGAGAUAGCGGCUGCAGAUGUUCUUCCAAAACCUCCAGAUGCGAAACUUCCACCUUACAAAACGCCUAAAGAAGAAUCCCCUGUCUUGACACCUGUUACAACAUCCGUUAGCUUAGAGACUCGAUCUCCCACCUCAUCGACUUCCUCUUCUCGCGAGUCCACCAUCAAACGGAAUUCUCCCAAGUCCUCUCUUGAAGUGACCCCGACUAAACCUUUCCCGGUCAGCAGCACCGUGACUCCGUCCGAAGAGACCAUUCAGGAGGUGCCGGACCGCCCUCCCUCCACCACUGAGGAUCGUCUCAACUGUCACGAAGAUGCCGCUGAAGAAGUGGAAGCUGAUGACAAAGUGCCAUUUGAUACUCUUGAGGAAGGGAAAGUCCUGACCAGGAAAGGGAAAAAGAUUGAUGCUUCGAGUGCCGGAAACGUGAAACUGACGCCCGUCGAGAGAGUUUCGGAUCCGGAAUCUGAAGACGAGUUCGGGUACACCCAGAAAAAAAUCCAGAAGAAAUAUGGUGACAUGAAAGGAGAAUUGCUUCUUAUCAACCUGGUCAAAGGGUCCAAUAAAUUAGGCCUUAGCUUAGCUGGCAACAAAGACCGUACAAAAAUGAGCGUCUUCGUUUGCGGCAUGCAUCCGAAGGGGAUGGCUGCAAAAGAUGGAAGGAUCAAAAUUGGAGACGAGCUUUUAGAAGUAAAUGGUGUAGUCGUCUACGGAAGAUGUCAUCUGAACGCUUCUGCCAUGAUAAAAAGCCUAUCCGGCACGUCGUACAAAAUAUUACUUUUAAGGAGAGAAGGGGCCAUAGAUGAAAUGGCCGUAAAGCCCUUAACACAGUUUCCUUCGGAAUUGGAUGAAGAGGCAACUGAAGACAAGUAUUGUCACUACAGAGGAAUGCAUACGGUAACGGUUAGAAAGGGUGCUCAGGGCCUAGGCAUUAUGAUUAUCGAAGGCAAGCAUGUGGAGGUUGGCCAAGGCAUCUUCAUAUCAGACAUCCAAGAGAACAGUGCUGCUGAACAGGCUGGUUUAAAAGUUGGUGAUAUGAUUUUAGCAGCAAAUGACGCAGAUCUCGUAGGUGCUGAUUAUGAUACAGCUGCUUCCAUCUUGAAACAAGCCGACGGGCUUUUAACUUUGAUCGUUGCGAAUCCGAACAAGCCUUCUCCUGGUUACAUCUAUGAUGAAGAAAAGAAAUGUCCAGAAAUUAUCGAAAAUUCCCACGAAAAGAAUGUGACGCUGAAAAUGUGCGAGAAGAAAAAAGAUAAAAGUCCUCCACCUCUGCCACCUCCCAAACCCUCCUUCCUCUCACCUACCAAAUCAUCCGGCCAAAAUGUGCCUGCCUUGGUGACGAUGCCAAAACCUUUAGAAACUCGCACUUUUAACUGUUCCGUUGCUCCCCUUUCCUCCGCGGCGGUCAUCUCUGAAGUCAUUGUUCCGUCGUCCGCUGAGGAAGCUAAUGGAAACGAUGGUCUCUCUUUUCAAGAGGAGGACGAACAGCAGCCGGACCCCAAGAAAUGUGAAAUCAAACCCGGGAAGGAGACGACGAUAGAAAUCACCAAAGAGAAGAUUGGUCUUGGUCUUAGCAUAGUUGGAGGAUCGGAUACGCCAUUGGGAGCAGUCAUCAUUCACGAAGUCUAUCCUGAUGGAGCAGCUGCCUUAGACGGCCGAUUGAGGCCUGGGGAUCAAAUUCUAGAGGUGAACGGAGAAGACUUGAGGGACGCUCUUCACGAGCACGCCAUCACAGUAUUGAGGCAGACGCCGAACCUCGUUCAGAUGGUGGUGUACAGAGAAGAGGGCCAAAGCCAUGAGGAGGACGCCUUCGAAACGCUGGACGUGGAACUCUACAAGAAACCCGGAAGAGGCUUGGGUCUGAGCAUAGUGGGACGGAAAAAUGGACCCGGUGUAUUCAUAUCAGAAGUAGUUAAAGGAGGUAUUGCGGAGGCGGACGGCCGACUGAUUCAAGGCGAUCAGAUUUUAGAAGUAAAUGGUCAAGAUUUGAAAACAGCCACCCAAGAGCAUGCUGCUGCUGUCCUGAAAACAACGAUGGGUCGAAUACACAUGAAAAUUGGUAGAUUAAAAGCCGGUUCUAGAAGGAGUACCUCCUGUUUAACAACUACUCCUAAAAACCAGGAAAAUAUAGACUCCCCUGAGGAGAUUAAAACAAUCACUCUGGAGCGGGGAUCUACCGGCUUGGGCUUCAGCAUCGUAGGGGGCUAUGGCACCCGGCACGGCGAUCUUCCCAUCUACGUCAGCAAGCUGUUCGAGGACGGCGCGGCGGCCAGGGACGGCCAGCUGAAGCUCGGAGACCAGAUUCUCAGCGUCAACGGCCAGAGUCUGGAGGGCCUCACCCACCAGGAAGCCGUCGAAGUGCUCAAGAAAGCUUCUGGGACCGUCGUGCUCACGGUCCUCCAAUAGGAAGAAGCCAUCCAUUGUUUAUUAAGUUUCAUGAAAUGUCUAUAAAUGCUUGUAAAUGAUAUUGUUUGUACAUUCCUGUUAAACAAUGAGAAUCUUGAUUGCGAAAAAAAAUCGAAAAGUUUGGUGCUUUAAAACCUUGUUAAAUUAUUCAUAUAUAUACCUGCACAAACCUCACAUCCAAACUGCUAUCGUGGCAGCUGUACAGAAAAAUUCGAGUUUCACCACAAUUCCUGCGUGAUUGAACUAACUGGGAAAAAAUGCUGUUUUUUUGGAACUGCUAUCUACUAUUUUUUAUUGACCAUAAUUUGUACACCAUGCUAUGUCUAUGUCUGUGCAAGAGUUAUUACAGAACGUCGAGAUGGCUCAAAGCUGUUUUUUUUUAUAUCUCAGGUACAGGCAGAAUCGAAAGCUGGGUCGAGGCUACAGAUAAAAAGAACUAUGUGAAAACUACUAUGAACUUUCCAUGUGCAAAAUGAUCUUGUGCCUUUUUUGUUUUCUUCAUGCAUUAAGAGGACUUUAUCAUUGUCGAAGUUGAAAAAAAAAAAAUUAUUAAAUGGCAUAUGUAGAGGGUUGGACUGCUAAUCAUAUUCAAACAUAGAAGAUAUGUAAAUAGUUUAUAUUAUUAGCUUAUUGUUAAACUGCUAUUUCUUUGAUCUAAUUAGUUGUAUUUACUGAUGAUCUGUAUGCAGGAUUUAUAGAACAGACUGGUAAUUUUUUCCAGUAAGUCUUUAAUUUAUACAACUGAAGCAUCAAAGUACUGUGUUAUCACGAGCAGAUAAACCACAGCUUUUGAGUUUCAGAUCUCUGUCAUCUCUAUUAAAAUUAAAAUACUGACCCAUUUUCGUUUCCUAAAUUCUAUCGCAAUCCAAUGCGUAUGAUCUCUGCAUUAGUUAUAUUUGAAAAGUGACUCCAUUUUCUGUAUUUUCAGAACUAUCUUGCCUUUUCUAUGUUUAUAAAUUUUAUUUAAUGUCUAGAAAAAUAAUCGUUAUAAUGUGUCUAAUAAUGGAUAAUUCAUAUAUAACAAAUCUAAUCCAUUUUUUUUAUUAUUGCCAUAUUUAACUUACAUAACCGAUCGGAAUUACGACAUAUUUAUUUCUAGUCCGAUAAGUGGCAGAAUUUGUACGUUAAAAUGAUGAACUUUUGAAAAGAGUGAAAUCGUCAAACAUGGAUGUAAUACAGAUAUUUUUGUCUUCUUAAUAAGAUGGAUCAUUAAUCUAUAAGAAACCAAGUUGACCUGACGCGUAACACUAUGAGCUAUUAUACCACCUUUCUACGAUAGGAUAUAUGGCAUGGUAGCUCAUUAAAUCACAUAGUAACUUUUUUUUAAAAGUAAUAACAUUUUAUUGUGCUUAGUAUUAAGUGAUAAUUAUUAAAAUUAAAUUAUCUUGACAUUAAAUAAAAUUUAGAAAAAUAGAAAAGGCAAGAUAGUUCUGAAAAUACAGAAAAUUGAGUCACUUUUCAAAUAUAACUAAUGCAAUUUGUCUAAUAAUGGAUAAUUCAUAUAUAACAAAUCUAAUCCAUUUUUUUAUUAUUGCCAUAUUUAACUUACACAACCGAUCGGAAUUACGACAUAUUUAUUUCUAGUCCGAUAAGUGGCAGAAUUUGUACGUUAAAAUGAUGAACUUUUGCAAAGAGUGAAAUCGUCAAAAUGGAUGUAAUACAGAUAUUUUUGUCUGCUUAAUAAGAUGGAUCAUUGAUCUAUAAGAAACCAUGUUGACCUGACGUGUAACACUAUGAGCUAUUAUGCCAUCUUUCUACGAUAGGAUAUAUGGCAUGGUAGCUCAUUAAAUCACAAAGUAACUUUUUUUUUAAAUAAUAGCAUUUUAUUGUGCUUAGUAUUAAUUGAUAAUUUUUUAAUUAAAUUAUGUUGAAAUAUGUCAGUUACUUUUGAAUUCAUAUAAAAUAUAUGGGUGUGGUGAUUUUCAACUUGCGUUGACAUUGAUUGUAGCUAUUCGUAAACCAUAUGUGGCUCACAACAUACGUUUUCGUUGGUGUGAUCUUCAUCCAAGUAUUUAGUGAGAAUUUUCAAUAAUUCAUACUCAUGAAUUCAUGCAUUUUAUAUAUCUUCACAUGAAGCCUUGCUUUGUCUCUAAAGCGAGCAAUACUUGCAAUUCUGUGAUUAUUGCGCCUAAAUUAUGCCACCUUUCGGAUCACCCAGUCAGCAAGGUCCACUAAUUAAAAUGUCGUAGUUUUAAUCGAUCAUAUGAAUUGAUUGCGGUAUUAUUAGUAAACUCAUUACGCCUGUUCUGUAUGAAUCGUCCUAUAUAUCAACUUGCAUAAUUCAGUUAUAGAGUUGUUAGAGCUCAGAAUGAAAAUAGACUAUCACUUGUAGAGAUUUAUAAUGUUAUUAAUAUCAAGUGCCAUCUCUCUGUGUUUGUUUUCCUAAAUAAUCUGGAAGUAUGAACUUAUUUCAUGUACAAUACUUAGUUUUAGUUUUUUGUUUUGUUAUAACUGCACAGUAUAUGAUUCAGUAUUUCUUCUCGUGCGUCUCUUUUUCUAAAUGUGUGAUUGAUUAAUUUAGCAGUUUUUUUCAUAUAUUUCCAAGUCUUAGAAAGUCUUCACGCUUGUCCUGGUCAUGUUCGGAAAGAACUGUGGAUUCUACUGUACACUGUACAGUCGUGAAAAAAAAUGAUUUUAAAUUUAUUUUUGUCUUGAAGAACAGCGUGUAAUGAUAUUGUAGUUUAUAUUUUGACAUUCUACCAUUUUAUGUAUAAAGAAUAUUUCCAAGUGCUACCUAGAUGUGUAAAUAAAAAAAUAGUCAGGCAAUUCUUAGCGUUCAUCCUUUUUACUAAAAUUUAUUGGAUUUCAUUUAUAGAAUAUAAAUUGAUUCAUUUGAGCAGCAGAAACUUUACAUUUUAUUUUUAUAGCUAAUAUUUCAACAUUUUAUAAUUUUUUAAUAAUAUGAUAAAGUAUUGAAUUUUGGAUAUGUAGGUAGCUGAUUAUUGUAAAUAUUGACUUCCAAGCUCUCCAGAUGAAUAAAAUCUUGACCUUUCUAGGUUCUGCUGUGUUACUCCAAUAAUUUUAUAUUUGUUUAUAUAAAUGUCUUUGAUGCUUUAGUGAAUGAAUUCUGUCUCUGUCAUCUUGUAUUGCGAUUUUUCUUUUCGUCAAAAUGAUGAAUGCUCUAUAAAAGAUUUUAAACUUAUAAUAUUAAUGAAAAACGUGCAUACAAUUAUUUCUAGGUAUUGCACAAGAAUAUAUUAUAUGCAUAUUGAUAGUUUUAAUAAAUAAAUUGCAUUGUUUGAAAAGAAAAUUAAUUAUUGUUGUUAGGUAUGAAUUUCAUCUUUCAAAGAAACCAUUAUAAAAUAAAAGUAAUUUAUGCUAUUUAGCCAAAGAUAAAUAUUUUUCUCAGGAAUUCUUUCUGUGCCAUUUCGAAUAUUUAAAAAUAUGAAACUUUCCUUUCUCGAAAUAAAAUUUACCAAUGUCAUAAUUCUCAUCAAUCAGCCAAAAAGCAGUCUUCCUGGACUAUUCAAAAUGUAAAUUUGUAUUAAAUGCUAUAAAGUAAUAUAAUUUUAAUUUCCGGAAUUAUGUACAUUGAAAAUAUAUUAAACUUAUAACCAACAUAAUAAAUCUAAUUAUAAUGACUCCGUUUCUUUUUUGUUAAUGUUGUUUUGCAAAAUGAGUGGUAAAAUUUUGUCUAAAUUAUAUGUUUCGUUACAUUUUAAGCUUCUAUUUUUUCAUUUUCUUGUAUUUGACAAAAAUAUGCUGCUUGAAAUGCAAAUUUGCCAUGGCAAUAUAUUUCAAAUUAUUCGCAAAUCAAUAUUAUCAAAAAAAAUUCUUUAAAGGAUUAAUUAUUUCAAAAUUACUUUUCAUCAUAAAAAAUUAAAACACAUCUGUUUAUAAUUAUUUCUAUUUCACUGAAUUCAAACUUUUAUGUAACAGCAAUUUAAAAACAUCUUCUCAUUCAUUUUCUGCUAAUAUAAUAUAUAUUAUGUAAACAUAUUUCUGAAAUAUACAAAAAUACAUAUUAUACAUUAUGAUAAAAAUUAAAUUUAUGAAAUAACUAUUCUAACAAAUCCUUGUCUUCUAGUGAUUGUCUGCUGUUAAAAGUAAUAAGAAAAUGAGUGAUUUAAUAAUAAAACUUCAUUUAAAGCAUGUUCUUUAAAUCAUUUAAAUCAAAUUUAAUUUCAAAGUGCGUUAUGAAGAUGCAGUUUUUACCAGAAGUGUUCUUUUACUAGACUCUAACAAUGUGAUAAAUGAAGCUUAAUGAUGCAUAAUAUAUAAUCAAAAAUUUUAUUAUGUACAUAAAAGGAUUGUGAUUGUUAUUGUUUUAAAUCUUUAUGUCCCUAUGCACUGUAUUUGAAUUUUUUUUUUUAAAUUCACCUUUCAUUCUUUACUUCGUUUUUAUUUUUAAAUUUAAAUCAAAUGAUAUAAAGUAUUUCUUAUAUUUUUUGAAGUAUAUCUGUGUAUCUUAAUUGUUGCAAUGCUUAUUGUUAAAUUUCUUUUUAAAUGUUAUAAGUUUUAUUUAAAGUAUAUUGCUAGUUAUGAAGCAUCAUUUAUUAGGAUUUCUACAACUGUAACAUUUAAGAGAAUCUCUUAUCACUUACCUUACACUUUUCUUUGUAAAUGCUAGCUUUAAAUUUUGUAUGAUUAUUUUAAGGCAUAAUUGAAACAAUUGGUUUUAAUACUAUCUUGUUUCCAUAUUGUGUUAUAAUACUGAAAUAAAUAUAUCUCUACGAAUUUAAUAUUACUACUCAGCAUAGUUUAAUCUAUGGAAUAAAUUCACUCAAUAGUAAAACUUAAUUUUAUUUUAUACAUACUAAAACAUUUAAGUAAAAAUUACCGUUGGAAAAGAUUUUUUUUUUUAAAUAUCCAUACUUUUUUUUCAUUGUAAAUUCUAGCAUGUAAUUUCUUUUCUUUAUUUUCCAGCAUUAUUUUGUAAUAUUUGAUAUAACAUUCAAUAUUUAACAGCUAAUAAAAUAAAGUGACAUUUUUAUCAGCAAAAUUCUGUAACUUAUUUACAAUAAAUAACUUAUUUUUAAUAAAAUUCUGUUAUGAAAUACUGCCACCACUUAGCGCUCAGUUUUAAAAUGUCCAUUCUUUCAUGUUACUAAUUCACUUUUCAAAAUAUUAAACUUAUUAAAAUAUAUUUAACAUCAAAUAAAACUACAUUUUCAGUUAACAUGAGAAACGUUGGACUUAAGAAAACCUAUUCUCGUUCCAAGUUGCAACUUUAAUAUAUUUUUAUUCUAAGAUAGAAUAUAAUUCUUGUUUGAAAUAUAGAAUAAUAAUCUGAAAUAUAAAUCUUGUUUUUUGAUAAAUCUGAAUUUUGAAUGAUUGUUGGUUAAAAUUGGUGCCAAUUUAAUUGCAAGUUACUUUAACCCUUUCGCGGCGGAGAACUAAGAAAUGAAUUGCGCUCUAGGCAACCAGCGUGACGGGGGAAGAUCUGCGCGGACAACACGAUACGCGAAUCGUUCCAAACGCGGUUUGCUGAGCUGAUUUUGCUGGUCAUUUCCUUGAAGCGGCUGACCGGCAUGCCGAUCCAAUAAUAAUAAUAAUAAUAAUUUUAAGUCAAAACAUUAUCUAUAAAAACAUUUUAGAAACUUACUUCAGGGUAGGAUAUGUCACAAAUGAACGGCGCCAAAAGGCGCUGUUCGUUUGGAGAAACUCUGCUGAAGCGUCUAAAGGCGCCGUUUGCCGCGAAAGGGUUAAAUAUUUUAAAAACGCAAAUUCUUUAAAAAUUACAUUUUUAAAAAUUUUUUUAAUUUAUACAAAAUUAUUCAAUAAAUCUUCAAAUACAAGAACAAUCACAGAUGGUGAUAUAAAUCAAAUUCAGAAAAAUUAUUGAUGGAAAAAUUUAUAGAAUUUAUUUUGGAGUUCCUUCUAUUUUUUUAAUAAAUUUCUUUAUCACUUUUAAUUAAUGCUCUGAUAAAAUGAUGCCAUACAUUUAUUUUUAAGAAAUGUAUUUCAUUAAUCAGUGCGCAUUUAUUAUUCGAUAUAUUUUUUUGAGAAUUUAGCUCUUCUGUACUGAAUGUUACUUCACAUAAUUCGUCCUGUGUGUUGAAUUGUUUAUUUACUUCUUUAUUGAUUGAUUAUCCAUACUGUCAUUUAUCUGUUUUAUUUUGCUAUUUAAUUUUGUUUCGAUGAUAUUUAUUCAAUGCUAAUUUCAUAUGACCUCGAAAAGUUUUCAAAGCUGAGUGAUGUAAUAAUUUUUAAUAUCUUUACGCAUGUGUAUAUUUGAUAUAUAUUCGUUUUCUUUUCAUUCUCACCUUUUAAUGCACUCUUAUUUGCAAUUAGAACUGCCAUUUACCUUUAUGGAAGCUACCUGUGUACUGAAAUAUUACAGGCUAUAUUGUAGAUACUAUGAAUUUUAAUGCUCCAACAUGAUUCCUACCAUAUUAAAAGUAACUUUUUACGAUUUA